AUGAGCAAUCGACCACGAUCUGAUGGUGAUCAUCGUUCAACACCACCGAAUAUUGAUGUUAUGUAUUCUCUUAAAGUUGAUAAUUUAACAUAUCGUACACGUGUCGAAGAUUUACGACGAUGUUUUGAAAAAUUUGGAAAUAUUGGUGAUAUCUAUAUUCCACGUGAUCAAUUUUCUCGAUCAAGUCGUGGUUAUGCUUUUAUUCGUUAUCUUAAAAAACGUGAUGCUGAAGAUGCACUAGACCGUAUGGAUGGUGCUGAUCUUGAUGGACGUGAAAUACGUGUUCAAUUUGCACGUUAUGGUCGUGCAUCAACAACAGAUAGUCGUGAUAAAACACACCGUCGCCGGUAUUCUCCUGCGCAAAGAUGCUGUUUCCUAACACGUUCACGAUCAAGAUCUCGUCGACGUUCAAAACAUCGAUCACGUAGUGGUAGUUAUCGACGAUCACGAUCUCGAUCAACAUCACGUUCGAAACGAAGUCAUCGUCAUGAAAAUGGUGAUCGUGAUCAUCGACGUUGA